AUGGAACUGGAGCUCACCUCGUCUCACCGCCCGGACCCUCCCAUCCCCGGCAGAAUUUCCCACCGCGCCCGAGCCCGAAACUCCAACGAGUCGAGUCCAAGGCCAAGCGAAGCUCCCGCUCCCGCUCCCCUGACGGUUGACCGAGAUCCCGUCUUCGUCGCGACCCUAUUCCACACCCCGCCGCCGACGACGUCCCGCCCGCCCAGAGCUUCUCGUAUCGAAGAGGCAGCUGCUAUACCACGCAACCCAGCUCGACAGUUCUGGUUCCCCUAUACACCGAGUCCGAAUCGCCGGCCGUCCGUGGGCGCCGCCGACUUCCCCAAGAUGUUGUCCGGCAUCCUCAUCUUCAACCAAAAGGGCGAGAACCUCAUCUUCCGCGCCUUUCGAAACGACUGCAGACCCCGCCUGGCCGACGUCUUCCGGAUUCAAGUGAUCUCGAACGCCCAGGUGCGGUCUCCCAUCUUGACUCUCGGCAGCACAACCUUCAGCCAUGUCAAGCACGAAAACAUCUACUUGGUCGCCAUCACCAAGAGCAAUGCCAAUGCCGCUCUCGUCUUCGAAUUUCUGUACCGCUUGAUCGGCUUGGGGAGAGGCUACUUUGGCAAGUUCGACGAGGAGGCUGUUAAGAACAACUUCGUCCUUGUCUACGAGCUGCUCGAUGAAAUCAUCGACUUCGGAUACCCUCAAAACACCGAAACCGAUACCCUCAAGAUGUACAUCACGACCGAAGGCGUCAAGUCAGAACGCGCCGCUGAGGACUCGGCCAAGAUUACCAUGCAGGCGACGGGAGCCCUUUCGUGGCGCAAGGCCGAUGUUAAGUACAGGAAGAACGAGGCCUUCGUCGAUGUCAUCGAAGAUGUCAACCUGCUCAUGUCCGCUACCGGCGCCGUACUCCGAGCCGACGUGACCGGCCAGAUCAUCAUGCGCGCCUACCUCUCCGGCACACCCGAGUGCAAGUUCGGCCUCAACGACCGCCUCCUUCUCGACAACGACGGUCUCCUCAGCCUACCGAGCGGGAACAGGAUGGGUACCAAGGCGACGAAAGCAGCGGCGGGAAGUGUCACUCUCGAGGACUGCCAGUUCCACCAGUGUGUCAAGCUCGGCAAGUUCGACAGCGAUCGCAUCAUCUCCUUCGUCCCCCCGGACGGCGAAUUCGAGCUCAUGCGCUAUCGCGCCACUGAGAACGUCAACUUGCCAUUCAAGGUCCAUGCCAUCGUCAACGAGGUUGGCCGAACCAAGGUGGAAUACAGCAUCGGCAUCAAGGCGAACUUUGGCUCCAAGCUCUUCGCCACCAACGUUGUUGUCCGCAUCCCGACACCUCUCAAUACUGCUAAGAUCACGGAGCGCUGUACCCAGGGAAAGGCCAAGUAUGAGCCGAGCGAGAACAACAUCGUGUGGAAGAUUGGUCGCUUCACUGGCCAGAGCGAGUUCGUCUUGAGCGCCGAAGCCAUCCUGACGAGCAUGACGAACCAGCGCGCCUGGUCUCGUCCACCGCUCAGCCUCAACUUCAGCUUGCUGAUGUUUACAAGUUCAGGCCUCUUGGUGAGAUACCUGAAGGUAUUUGAGAAGAGUAACUAUUCGAGCGUCAAAUGGGUGCGGUAUAUGACGAGGGCGGGUUCCUAUGAGAUACGGUAA